CUUUCUUGUCGGAUUAUACUUCCUGUCGUGAUUCGCGAUAGAUAUCGCCUGAAUUCAUUGGUGGGUCGCAUUCUUUUUGUUUCUGGGAAGGUCUCGUUUUGAGGUUCUGUCGGAAUUAUACCUCGCCACAACGUCAAUCAGGUGCCCUUCUUGGUGGGUCUUGGAUCUUGGUUUUCCUGGACAUAUAUCUGCCAUGGAAGGUAUUGUCACUAGAAGGGUCAUUCUCUCAGACAACAGUUGCCUUUUUAAUGCUGUCGGGUACGUCGUGGAUCAUGACAAAACCAAGGCUUCUGAGUUAAGACAGGUCAUUGCUGCUACUGUAGCAAGUGAUCCCGAGAAAUAUUCAGAAGCAUUUCUGGGAAAGCCAAAUGAAGAGUACUGUGCUUGGAUUCAAGACUCAGAGAAGUGGGGAGGUGCUAUUGAACUGUCAAUACUAGCAGACUACUACGAACGCGAAAUAGCAGCAUAUGACAUCCAGACAGGCCGUUGUGAUCUGUAUGGUCAGGAAAAGAGGUACUCUGAGAGGGUCAUGCUGAUUUAUGAUGGGCUUCAUUAUGAUGCAUUAGUAAUAUCACCGUUCGAGGGAGCUCCAGAGGAGUUUGAUCAAACUAUAUUUGAGGUGCGAAAAGAUAGGACGAUUGGGCCAAUAGAAGAAGUUGCCCUUAACUUUGUGAAGGAGCAGCAGAGGAAAAGGAAGUAUACAGAUACCGCCAAAUUCACUCUACGCUGUGGAGUGUGCCAAAUAGGAGUUGUCGGCCAGAAGGAGGCUGGGGAGCACGCCCAAGCCACAGGGCAUGUCAAUUUUCAGGAAUACCGGUGACAAGUAGCUGAUGAACAUGUACUGCGUUUGUUGGAGGGAGCUCCUCUUGGACUUGGCUCGCAGAUCUGUCCUAUGUUUUGUGAUCAUGAUACAAUCAAAGCAACAUCUAAAAUGAUCUUGAAAUGUUACUGGAAUUGACUUGUACCAACGAGAAAGAAUGGAUUUAAUGAUUCAAUCAUGAUGUUUUCCAAAGUUUCCAAGA